AUGUACUCAAAGGCAGUAUUGGUCUUAGCAGUAACCGCUUUGGUAGCAGUCUCAGCAGAGUACGGGCACUCUUCACAGCACUUCACCAAACACGACGGCCAUCACCAGCUCGUGCACAUAGCUGAGCAUGGACACGAUGGUCAUCAUCACGGACAUCAUGAACAUCACCAUGUUGAUUAUUACGCUCAUCCAAAAUACGAGUUCAAGUAUGAAGUGAAGGACCCUCACACGGGAGACCACAAGGAGCAUCACGAGCACCGUGACGGUGACAGCGUGAAGGGACACUACUCCUUCCACGAACCCGAUGGUUCCAUCAGACACGUACACUACCAUGCUGAUAAGAAGACGGGUUUCCACGCGGAUGUGAAACACAGCACUCAUCACAUCGUGCCACAUCAUCAUAAGCAUCAUUAA